AUGGCAGACCACGCCGAGAACGGAAGCCCUGGCCAGCCCGGCGUGGGCGCGGACGCUCCCGGCGCGCCCGAGCACCUCAACAUCAAGGUGACGGACAACAACAACGAGGUGUUUUUCAAGAUCAAGCGCAGCACCAAGCUGGAGAAGCUCAUGACGGCGUUCUGCGAGAGGCAGGGCAAGUCGCUCAACUCGGUCCGGUUCCUCUUCGAGGGCCAGCGCGUGCAGCCGGGCGAUACCCCGGAUACCCUCGAAAUGCAAGAUGGCGAUACGCUAGAGGUGCAUCAGGAACAGGUUGGCGGAUGCUAA